UCGAUCCCUGGUACCAAAAAAAAAAAAAAGAAAGAAAAUUAGUUGUCUAAAAAAAUCCCUGUGCCCCCCUUUUUUUCCUUGUGAUGCUUGGGAUGGGACUUAGGGCCUCCUGCAACCAGACAAAUGCUCUACCCCUGAGCUACAUACAUAGUCUUCUACCCUGUCUAGUCAGACUUUACUUAUCACUAACUGUGGCAACCACUAAGCUCUUUUUGAGAAUAUCACAUAAAUGGAAUCCUAUGGUAGACAACUUUUUUUUUUUUGAUACUGGGGAUCGAACCGGGGAUCAUCCUUGUGCUUGUGAGGCAGGCGGCAGAACCACUGAGCUAAAUCCCCAGCCCUAGUAGGCAACUUUUGAGGCUGGUUCCUCUUCCUUCUCUUCCUCUUCCUCCCCUCCCCUUUUCUUUCUCUUCUUCUUCUAGGAUCUUUUCUCUUCUCUUCUAGGAACUUUUAUUAUUUCAAAUCCAGAGAGCAACCACCUGCCUGAUGUCACAAGGAUGUGGACCAGCCCAGAUUUGCUCUCAGAUUUGCCUACACACAGAACCCAGGACCUUAAACCAUGGCCUUAGAGCAGUUGAGAGUGACCCUGUUCUCCUUGGGCCUAGCCACAGUGCUCCAGUCCCACUGUUUUGAGAGAACUACACUGGGACCAGAAGCAUCUUACGUAGUUGGAGAUAGCAGGAAGAAUGGGAGACACUGCUUCCCAAGUGGCACUCCAGAGUCAACAGUUGGCCCCAAAGAGAUGACAAGAGAGUCUGCUGCUGUGUUUAUCCAGGCCUGGUGGCGUGGCACGCUUCUGCGAUGGAUGCUGCUGCAUGUAGCCCUCAGGGUUUGGAUCAUUCAGUGCUGGUGGAGGCAGAUACAAGCGAGGCAGCUGGAGAAGAGGCGGUGGAUGGCGCUGGAGUUCUAUGCACGGAGGGAAUGGGCAGCCGUCAAACUGCAGUCUUGGAUCCGAAUGUGGCGCAUCCGCCAGUCGUACUGUCGUUUCUUAAACGCUGUCCGAAUCAUUCAGGUCUAUUGGCGUUGGCACAAUUGCCAUUCACGUGGUUUUAUUCAGGGUAGGACUUCCAAUAUUAUUCUGAACAGAAGUAGUGAAAAGCGGCAUCCUUGUCUUAUUCCUGAUCUUAGAGGAAAAACUUUCAGUCCUUUACCACUGACCAAAUUAGUCGUGGGAUUUUCAUACAUGGCCUUUGGUAUGUUGAGGUAAUUUCCUUCUUGCUACAGUUUGAAUGUGGUCCUUUGCUGCCAAAACUCCUGUUGAGGCUUAAU